GAGGGCCGGCCACGGCAGACGCCUGACCGGGGCGGACCAGCUGCCAGCUGCCUCUCUCCGUUCUGCCCAGCUUGCAGCCCUUGCCUCACCUGCUCUCCCCAGGCAGCGGCUGCCUCCUGCUCAUCCGGCCAUGCGCUGGCUGUGGCCCCUGGCCGUCUCUCUCGCUGCGGCGUCGGCCACCGGACUGCACGGUGUCUUGGGCAGGUCCAGAGCCGAGGAGGUCCAGGAGCAGCAGGGCCGAGCCAGGAGGGGCACCGAGGAUGAGGAGGCCAAGGGCGUGCAGCACUACGUGCCUGAGGAGUGGGCUGAGUACCCCCGGCCCAUCCGCCCUGCUGGUCUGCAGCCCACCGAGCCCCUGGUGGCCACCAGCCCCCGCCCGGACAAGGACAGGGGCACGCCAGGCAGCGGGCAGGAGCUGAGGGCCAACCUGACGGGGUCCCCGGGCCAGAGGCUGCGGAUUCAGAACCCCCUGUACCCGGUGACCGAGAGCUCCUACAGCGCCUACGCCGUCAUGCUGCUGGCCCUGGUGGUGUUUGCCGUGGGCAUCGUGGGCAACCUGUCGGUCAUGUGCAUCGUGUGGCACAGCUACUACCUGAAGAGCGCCUGGAACUCCAUCCUCGCCAGCCUGGCCCUCUGGGACUUCCUGGUCCUCUUCUUCUGCCUCCCUGUGGUCGUCUUCAAUGAAGUCACCAAGCAGAGGCUGCUGGGGGACAUCUCUUGCCGGGCCGUGCCCUUUGUGGAGGUGUCCUGUCUGGGAGUCACCACCUUCAGCCUGUGUGCCCUGGGCAUCGACCGCUUCCACGUGGCCACCAGCACCCUGCCUAAGGUGAGGCCCAUCGAGCGCUGUCAGUCGAUCCUGGCCAAGCUGGCCGUCAUCUGGGUGGGCUCCAUGACACUGGCCGUGCCCGAGCUCCUGCUGUGGCAGCUGGCACAGGAGCCCUCCCCUGCCUGGGGCUCCGAGGACUCGUGUGUGAUGAAGCCCUCGGCCAGCCUGCCCGAGUCCCUGUACUCGCUGGUGAUGACCUACCAGAACGCCCGCAUGUGGUGGUACUUCGGCUGCUACUUCUGCCUGCCCAUCCUCUUCACCGUCACCUGCCAGCUGGUGACGUGGCGGGUGCGGGGCCCGCCGGGACGCAAGCACGAGCAGUGUGAGAGCCAGCUCAACCGCACCGUGGUGGGCCUGACCGUGGUCUAUGCCUUCUGUGCCCUGCCGGAGAACGUGUGCAACGUGACGGUGGCCUACCUCUCCCCGGAGCUCAGCCGCCAGACACUGGGCCUGCUGGGCCUGGUCACCCAGUUCUCCAUCUUCUUCAAGGGCGCCAUCACGCCCGUACUCCUGCUAUGCAUCUGCAGGCCGCUGGGCCAGGCCUUCCUGGACUGCUGCUGCUGCUGCUGCGACCAGUGUGCGGGCGCCUCCGAGGCCUCGGCGCCCGGCGGCCGCUCGGACAAGCUCAAGGCCGAGGCGUCCUCCUCCCUCUACUUCCAUGAGCCCAGGGAGUCGCCCCCGCUCCUGCCCCUGGGUACCCCGUGCUGAGGCCAGGCCCCCCGGAGGAGCGGGAUCAGGUGGGGGGCGUGGGGGAGGCGCUGUUUCUUCCCUUGUGGGUCCUGCUCCACGGCAGGGCGUGCUUCCUACAAGGGGGCCUGGGUUCCUCUCACCGAGGCUUGGGGAUGUCCAGCCCCUCCCCAAGCCUGGCCUUUCCUCUCCCUCGUGGGGGCUUCCACGGGUGGGUGGUGAUGCUUCUGGGUCCUGAGAACUGUCUGGAAGCUCUCAGCCCCACCAGCUGUGAACCCGCAAUUCACCGGCCCGCCCUGGUCCCAGCCCCACGCCCCUGUCCCUGCCAUGGAGCCUGACUGUGUUAGCUGUGAGCUCUCCAGGUGUCACCUCCCUCUGCCACUCCGGGCCCUGUUGUGGAAUGGAGGGCCCUGGGGGGCAGGGGCAGGACCACCUUGUCCCCUCCCCCCUCCCUCCUUUCUUUGGGUGCCCUGGGCUGCCUAGCCCCCUCGUUAGGUGCUUGUUCUAGAAGGCAAUCCGUGACCAGCAAUAAACUAGGUAGAACUA